AUGAACGUUCGACGCCAUCCAUCGUACACUUUUGAUGAACCGUUUGCUGGAAACGGACCACAGAUUGCUGUGGUCUUUGCUAUCGUCAUCGGAGGUGUCAUUUUGUUGGCUGGUGUCGUUUAUGCCAUCUAUAUCGUUGUUGUCAAAAGUAUGCGAGGAGACGACAAACAACGCCAACAACCAGCUUCUGAAUUCGCCUACAACCCAGCUCCAUCCCAAAGCUUUGAUUACCCGGCCCAAAUUCGUACUCCAGUGAAUGCCACAUCAUACACACCAGUUCCAUCUGUGACUCCAUACAAUCCACAACAAUACUCGAAUGUCCCAUUGGCCACGCCCACAACCCAACAAUACAUUCAAGCUCAAGCCAUUCCACAGUAUGCUCCAGAUGUGAUUUACACCCAAGGACCACAAGGAUACGUUCAACAGCAACCAAUCGAAUACAGUGUUCAACGUCAGUCGCCUGGCGCCAACUUUGUGCAGUCAUCGGUUUGA